AUGAUUGAAGACUGUGCAAUGAUCAAGGCAACUAAGGAAUACCAAGGUGUCGUAGAGGCCUUUGGCCUCUCGCCGACUAGGUGGUGGGAUAAGAGGCAACUCAACGCAAGAAACACCUGGAACAUCCCAGAUCAUCUCGUGUGCUUGUGGGACGAUCUUGAGCUAGUCACCGCUCGGGACAGUAGUACGCAUCCGCUGUUCCCAAUGAGAAUAGAAUCACUUCUCCUCGCUCUGCUUGCAGACAAGAUCAAGAAAGAGUCCCUUGAUCCCCAUGGGCCCCUAAACUCACCCCACUGGAGCUUUCGAAAGCGGAUAUUCACGCUAGGAAUAGAAAACGACAAAGGUAUAGCCCCAGAGAACAUCAUUGACUACGUUUUGUGGUAUGGCCACUGCUGGGAGCUGGAAACAAACAUGAUUGUUAUGAAGUCUAAAAGUCCGGUGCUUCGGGGUUGGACUCUGCUUCAAAACAUGGCGAGUAUUCACCAUGCUCGUAAGCUCGCAGAAAGGGACGCAGUCAUCUACGGUGUCAUAACUGACGGGUCAAAAUGGGUAUUCAUACAACUUACCAAUAAAAGUCGGUAUACAAUCAGGAUAUUCUCCUGGGACGACGAGCAGCGCCAGAUUAUUGGCCAGGUCCAGGAUAUAAUCGACCAGGCAGUUGCUCGUCACAGAAAGAUUCUGUCGCGCUCUUCUCUGCCUACGCCUACUGUUCAUCAAAUUAGUGAAUGUCAAAUCAGAGAGCUGCCUGCUCCAUUCGAUAGCUCUGAUGAUGAGAGUUCCCGUGUAACUGAGCAGAAUGCCUAUCAUACGGCCACAGUGGAGGAGAGAGGCUAUAAUACGGAUAUAGGACCCUGGGUUUGGUGA